UCCUUUAGUAUGUGAUGAUACUCCCCUCUCUAAACUGUUAAGUGUCUUGGAUUCUCAGUUGCGGCAGCGGCUGGGUAGUAAGGAGAGGGCCAGGCUUCACUUCACUUUGCUAACGACUUUACAAGUUUUGUUUGGAAUAACUUUUAAUAAAAUUGAAGAAAUUGACAAUGAGGAGUGGGCAGCAGACAGUACCUGUGAUAAAGAUUACCAUUCUUAUGUGAAGAAUUUACAAAAUAAAUUUGUUUUAGAAAAAAAAUAUCCUCACCUGGUGCUAAAGCAUAUGUCCAAUCCAGAUGUGAAGAUAUGUGUCCAGAUAAUGGGGUUCCUCUAUACUCUAGUGUUCAAUGGGAAUGAAGAAACUCAGGAUUAUAUCUGUGACAGGAUUGCUAAUAAUGCCAACUUCUUCUUGUCAAUCUACAAACUGAUUUCAGUGAUACUCCAAUACAGCCAUAUACCAAAAGAUUUCUUAUUGACCAAGCCUGGACCUACUGAUGAUGACAAUAAGCUACCGACCGCCGGUACAGGGGUCAGUGGUAGUAGGCCAGAGGGAGCUAGUGGUGUUACUAUUCUAGAAAUGGAUACUUUAGCAGGAUCUGGUCAAGGAUUGGAGAAGACUGAUGCUUUAUUAGCCACACCCUCUCCUCCCACUCCUCCACCUAAUGUACCACCAAAGACAAGCACUACAUCUUUUAUCACCACCUAUCCCCAACCAGCUGAUGAAUUGGACGUGUGGUUGCAUCAAGUUGGUGUUUGCUUGGACCUCAUCUCUUCUCUCUGUGAUGGACAGAACAGAAAACUUCAAGCAAUCAUGAAGGAGCAAGACAGCUCAUUCAAUAUUAAUGUCAUUAGUGGCAUAGCUGCACUCCUGGAGACACUAGUUGAAAUAAAACAAGAAAAUGAAACUGAAUCAGCUAUGAUUACUGAAACAAUGACUAAAGCCAUACAAUGCCUCAUCGAGUUGUGUGCUGGUAAUUAUUCCAAUCAAAGUGCAGCAUUAGAUGGUCAAGUGUUGGACUCCAUUAACUUGAUAAUUACAGAAUCCUGUCCUACUGAACAUCCAACUACUAAAAUACCAAUUAUAGUUAAAGUGCCACUACCAAUUGAUGUCCUUGAGAUGCAGUGUAAAGCUGUUGAGUUGCUGGAAGUUCUUCUUGAAGAAACGAACAAAGAGUUCAGUCCUGGUCUAGUUAAAGCAAUAUCCAAAGACCUCAAGAAGAAAAGAGUUAUGUACUUUGUGAAGGCAGUCCAUGCCAGAUUGUGUGCUAAUGGUAAAGAUGUUGAUGAAAAGAAACGGUUUGAGUUUAUUGAGAGGAACAUGUUCAGGGCAUACCACAUACUGAGGAGUCUUGCUGAGGACUCUGAACUGGAGUUUGAGGAAUUUAUUGGAUUGAAAAAAUUGAAGCCUGUUUUACAAGAACCAGGAGAUGUUGCAAAUCAAAAUAGAUCUCCUGUUGCCAACGACAACUCGGACCAAGCAUUGGAAGAUCAUAGCAAAGAAGUACAUGUUGCAAAUCAAAAUAGAUCUGUUGCUAACGACAACUUGGACCAAGCAUUGGAAGAUCAUAGCAAAGAAUUAACUGAGAUAAGGACACUGUGCGAUGAAUUGAAUAAAGACACUCACAGGAUUGAAGUUAAUUACAUCACUAAAGACAAGAAGUGGAUUUUAACUCCUGUCUAUUUCCCAUUUAAAUACUCAAGGUGUAUGAGUGAUGGGGAGAAGAGUAUCCUUCAGGCUAACAUUAAUCGUGAUUCAGUGGAGGAUAAAGCAAAGGACCUUUCUAGCUGGACCAAAUCAUUCUUGAAAAAACAUGAAUAUAAAAGAGAACUUGAAAAACAUCACAUAUGGAGAGUGGUAUCAUUUCUUUCUAUGUUGAGGCACUGGUUUUUAAUUUUUUUGACAGUUUUUUUGAACAUUUUUGUACUUGGAAUAUUUCAGAUACCAUCAUACAGCUGUGAAUUUGAUCCCAAUGUCACAGUCAGUGGUUUAUUGCUGAUACCUCGUCCAUGGAACUGUUGGUCUACAUAUCAAUACGUCAUUCUUUAUUUCUUUGGAGUGAUCCACUUUGUUCUUAGUUUUUGGAUGGUCGUUGAAUACUUUGUCUGUGAGAAACCUAACUUCCUUUAUGAAGUACCUCUCUUUAAAGCUGUUGUGAAUGGAAUUAAGAACUGCAUUAGGAAUGACAUACCUUUAUUGUCCAAGAAGUUCAAGUGGAUUGAUACUAUUGAGGAAUCUAAAGACAGCGAAUGUUUUGAUAUUUAUUUAUUCAGUUUUUCCCCGAUGUACAGGGUGCUGUUUCUACUCUUUUCUUUAUUAAGUAUUGGAACUUUUGGGUACUUUUACUGUCUCUGUCUCCCUUACAUCUUCCUAAAUAUUGAUGUGAUGCAGGAUAUUGUGAAAGCUAUUAGCAGACGUAGGAAACAGCUAUUCCUAAUAGCCUGCUUCAUUCUUUCUCUCCUACUGAUAUAUGCUGUUCUUUCGUUUGCUAUAAUGUCCAGUUUCUUUAAUCCAGGAGAGAACAACCAGUUCUGCACUACACUCUGGCAGUGUUAUAUCACUGUUAUCAGGGAAGGACUGCUUGAUGGCUUUGGAGCUAUUUCAGUUACUUAUGUUGGACAAAAUGGAGCCAAUUUUAAUAUUUAUUUAUGGAGGGCAGUGUUUGAUUUGAUAUUCUUUGUUGUCAUUUCAACCAUUUCCCUUGAAGUCAUAACUGCUAUCCUAGUGGACACAUUCUCUGAACUUAGACAAGAAAAGGACGCUGCUGAAAAGGAUCAGAAAAGUGUUUGCUUUGUCUGUGGCAUUGACAAUGAUGACUUUGAGAGGAGAGGAAAGGGUUUUGCUAAACACUACCAUUCUGAUCAUAAUAUCUACAGUUACAUUUACUUUAUACUCCACAUCAAGUCAAUGUCUCCUCAUGAUCACAAUGCUAUUGAGAAGUACGUCAAUGACAAGUUUGGUAAUGAUGAAAUAGACUUUUAUCCGUUGCAUAAGGCAAAGGUGUUGGGUGGUCUUGUAUUGAAGAAGAAAGACAUGAAAGGAAUGAUUGAUGAGAUGUUGAUGAACACUUAACAGUCUAUAGCUGAUGAACACCUAAUAGUCAUAGAGUUUAUAUACUAGCUGCUGCUGAGUCUUUUAGAGUCACUUUUUUUAUAAAAAUACAUAUUACUAUUAUUAUUAUUAAUGCUUCAGUAGUGAUUUAGUUAUAGUUAUAAU